AUGACAUUGAUUGAAAUGGAAGAAGAAUUAAUAAAAUUGGAAACAAUAACAGAAACAUGUGACAACACAGUAGAAGAAAAUAUUCUCGAACAAACUUCUUUUUUAACUAAUAAUCAAAAUGAUCAGCAAGACCAAGACGAAGAUGAUCCGUUAUUAGAUUCAAAUCAUAAUAACCCACCUACUGUAAUUAGAACAUCCAUUUUAACGAAAAAACGAAUUUCAAUUGCUUGUGCAGUUACAUUAUCAUUAGUUAUUGUACUAAUAAUUCUGUUCAAAAUUUCAAGUCGAUCAUCAUCUAGUAAAUCACAAUCAUCUACAAUAUUUGACACGACGACGAGUACAACUAAAAUAUCUGACCUAACUACAAGUACAACUAUACCAAAUUCAUCACCAACAAGUAAGAUCAAUGUUCUCUUUUAA